AUGACUAAAUUCAGGAAUCGAGGUGGCCGCAGAGGACCAGAGUCCCGGGGCCCCAACCAGCAGCAGCGCCCGUCUGGCGGCUCUCGAGAUGGCACUCCUGGCGCUACACAAGGCAGAAGAGGCGGAAGAGGGGGAGGAUCGACUUUGAACAGAAGCUCCGACGGCAUGCAGAAUGGCUCCUCGUCCCACACGGCCGCCAGUACCCCGAGCGACGACCACGUCCCGAUGACUGGCUAUAACUCUGGCGCAGUCGAGGCGAUGCUUAAGCAGGGCUACGACGCAAGGGCGCCCUUGUACAAACCAGAGGCCAAGACACCAGCUACGAAACCGGAAAGCCCAUGGGGUGCGAAACCGGGAGCCAUGGUUGGCGGUAAGGACUUCUGGCUUGAGCUCCGCAAGCAAGUCGCUGCUUUGCAACAGUCUGGCGGCACAAGUCGAGGUGGUUGA